UAACCAUAACCAACAUAUCAUAACCGAACCAGAAGCAUGAAGAAAAGAAGAAAUGCAAAUGGAUCUGAGAAAGGUGGAAGAAAUAGUGAACGAUUCCAAAGGUGGAAUCAUCGAGAAGAAAGAGGCAAUCGUAUCAACCCUCUCCAAUCCCAAUCCCAAUUCCGACACCGACUCCGACGCCGGUGUUUCCAAUCCGACAACACCACCGGUGGAUGCCGCCAGUGCUCUUCAACUCUUCCUUGAUCAUAUACCUAUCUCCUCCAUUCCUGGAAUCCACAAUUCCCCCUCCACAGUUCUGGUUGUGAGAACGCAGGAAUGUGUAAAGGAUGUGAUCAAGAUGUUGUAUGAGAAGAAUGUGAGUGGAGCUCUGGUUGCAGACGGUUUGGAACCAGAUCCGACCACGACCUUCACCACAUCAUUCUCACAUCCCUACGUUGGGUUCAUAAGCUUCUCUAAUAUGGUUCUUUGGACUCUCCAGGAAUUCAAAAAACAUCAUUUUGGGAGCGAGAAAGAUAAUGCUAAAAGAACCAAGAAGACGAAGCCACAAGGAUUCUUCUCCUUGCUCAAUCAAACUCCAAUUGUUUCAGAGACUAAGAUAGGCGAACUAGCAGCAUCAUUUAUGUGGGAGCCCGUGUUCCCUGUAAAACGAGACCAAACACUAUUUCAUGUUCUUUUGUUGUUAUCUAAGCACCGGCCAAGCGUGGUCCCCGUGACCCAACAUUCCAGUUCAAAAGUCGUGGGCUUUGUUACCGAGAAUUCGGUAAACCAUGUACUCCUACAAUCGAGCGGACUUGAGUGGUUUGACAGCAUUGCAGAUAAACCAUUGUCGGAUUUCAGGUUUGACCACAAUGACCAAGUUGUUUCAAUCUACAAUGAUCAAACCAUUGCAGACUCAGUUCAUGUUUUAUGGAAGAAAAAAGUCUGCGCUGUUGCAGUAGUCAAACGACAAACCGAGAAACUCAUUGGAUGCGUCAGAGUUAGCGACAUUCACCGCCUAUUGGGUGAUGAUCGUAUUUUUACCGAUAGAGAGGAUACGAGCGUGGAGCAAUUUAUACAUAUAGACACGGGUCCAGCGCUUGAUGACAUUGACCAUGAUCUUGGGGCUCUGAUAUCUGCUGGGACACUUGUGCUGAAAGACAAGUUUGGGCCGAGAAUGGACUCGCCGGUUACAAACAUGGAAAAGGAUACCUUGAAGGAAGCUAUGAAGAAUUUGGCAGAAAAGAAAAGUGAUUUUAGUUUUCUUGUAGAUGAGUGUGGAAGAGUGAAAGGAGUGCUUACAUUGAGGGACAUGCUUGUGGAGUUUGCUCCCCCUUGUAUGGACUCGAGGAUUGAUGGAGGUGGUUUCUUUGACAUGGCUUUGAAGGAGUCUGGGUGCACCAUUAAAGAUGGAACCAUGGUUCAAUUGAAAUGAAAUCAUUGGAACCAUGGUCCAUUCGUGGGUGUUAUAUGGUUUGUCCCAUG